UAGAAGUGUGUCUCCUGAAUAUAUCCUGCACAAUAUCAAACACAGCAAGACACAAAAUCAAUAUUAAUGAGGCAUUUAAAGCUGUCUCAAGCUGCGUCUAAUGAGUCGACUGUCAGUUGGCUGGGAACGGAAAUUGAAUUGCCACACAGCGUUUGAAGGAAUCACUGCUGCGGACGUUGAAGUAGCAGCAACACUGCGCAGCAGGAAAUCGCAUUAGCAUUAACAUUAGCGCGCUCAACUGAUUCCGCUUAAAAGUCACGAGACCAAAAGCCUAAAAUCCGAGACUCGAACCCAACACAACGGAAGUUUUAACGUAAUGCCUUGCGCCUGAGCUGCUGCACCUGAGCAUGGGCUGUUCCAGUUCCAAGUCCACGACAGCACUCGACGAUAAUAAAGCGGCAACGGGAAGAACACCAGCAAAAGCAACGACAACGGCAACGGCAACUGAAAAAAAGGAUAACAAAAUGGCAGAAUACCCGGCCUCAGAGGCAUUCACCAUUCCCCUCGAUGACACAACCAGUGCCCCCGACCAAUUAAAUGACACACUUCGCCAGCCGCCCAAGCGGCUGCAGCAACUCAUGCAACAGGCCGCUGAGGCAGAGCCGCUCACCCUUCUGGAACUGGAGGACAAACAGCAGAAAGCCGAACAGCGACGCCAGGAGUUGAUGCAACAGAAAAUCGAGACCAUACAAAAGAACACACAAGCUCUGAUGCGUGCACACGGCGAAUUAUCUGAUGGGGAGGAAGAACAGCAGGAUACGCUGAAAUAGAACAGGAAUAUACUUAUUUGUAGUUCUAAGAACUUAUUUGCAAAAUGUUUCAAUCACUUAUAUUGCGUACAAAUUAAAAUACUCAUAUUCAUUUUACAGAUUCAGAUUUGUACGCUAAUCUACACUUGAAUAGCGUCAGUCUAAAGAUUUGGAUAAAACUAAACUACACACUUUGAUCACAAAGAUUGCCAUUAAACGAAAAAGCUUUAAAUAACGCAUCAUACUUUUUCUAUAUAGUAAGAAACAUAAUAUUCAUUCUUCAUUUUUUAAUUCAUUAAAGUUGUUAGAGCCAAAAUGUGCGAACCCACAUUGAAAUCGUCAUUCGUCCACCUGUU